AUGUUCAUGCCUAUGGGAUUUUUUUGCCGUCUUUUUUUUUUUUCUUUUGAGGAGGCAUUGCAUUUGUGUCAGCAGGCGAUAGGGCGAGGCUCCGUCUCUUUGAAAUUCAUGCUAAAAAGGAGUGGCACCAUUCGCUCAUUGCAAAACGUUUUCUGGGGAGCAGCAAAAAUCGCGGCGGCAAUUGUUGAUGCCAGCGUGGGAAACGUGAAUGUUGUGGACAACAGCCAUAACGGUGAUGGAGAGACGCCCGCUCGUGCCGCUGGGCGGAGCCACACCCCGUCGCCUCCCGAGGUACUGCCGAGGAGUGUGGUUACUCAGUUGCAUGAAUCCAAGGACGACUUAAGGAAAAAUGCUGUGUAUAUGUCUGUGCCUUCUACACGUAUUACUAGAGCCGCUGGAUUUGCGUCGCUGUUUGUGCAGCUUGGUUGGGAUCAUCUUGUGGAACGCAAUGGUGAAGGUAUUUUGUCGAGCCAAAGCCACAAACGUGUUGUUAACACACUGCGUCGGAUGCGUGGGGUGGUGUUGAAACUUGGGCAGAUGCUCAGCAUCCAGGACCCUGCCACUGUUCCUCAAUAUGUGUUGCAGCUAUUUGAGCAGGUACGUGACAGUGCCUACGCUAUGUCGCGCGAGCAACUUGAUCAGACUCUGGCGAAGGAAUACGGAAAUAUUAAUUGGAGAAAAGAUUUUUUUGUGGAGUUUGAUGAUGAACCCAUUGGCGCGGCCAGUAUUGGACAGGUACACCGUGCAACCAUCAAAGGAGAGGGCGACACAAAGAUUGAGCAUGUUGCCGUGAAGGUGCAAUACCCUGGUGUUGCAGCCAGCAUUGAUUCGGAUAUUGCGAAUCUGAAAAUGCUGAUUUCUUUGCAUCUGCUCCCUCCAGGAAUGUUUGUGGACAGAAUUUUGCAGGACCUCCGUCAGGAAUUUUUGUUGGAAUGCCGCUACAAGAUAGAGGCAGCAAAGCAGGUGCGGUAUGCCGCUCUAAUCAAGCAGGAACCAGAAUUGCAAGAGGUGUUUGUUGUCCCAAAAGUUUACGAGUUCCUCUCAACAGAAAACGUGUUGGUGACGCAGUUUGCUACCGGUAUUCCUGUUGACCGACUGGCGAACAUUUCAGGUGUGCAGGAUCUCAAGAAUUACGUGGCUGAGCGUAUGCUUCUGCUAACACUUACCGAACUUUUCCGCUGGCAUUUUAUGCAAACGGAUCCAAAUUACGCCAAUUUUUUGUUUGAUGCAGAGAAAAACAAAAUCAGUCUUAUUGACUUUGGUGCGGCCCGUGAGUACAGCGAGGAGUUUGUCAAGGACUACAUGGAUGUUGUUGCCGCGGCCGCUCGUCAGGACCGUGAAAAAAUCAUUGAAAAGAGCAUCAAGUUGGGUUUUCUCACCGGGAAUGAGAUGAAGCCACUGUUGGAUGCACAUGCCGCCAGCGUGGAGCUGCUGGGAAGACCGUUUCGGCACCACGACAAGCCGUUUGACUUUUCAGCAGAAAAUCUUCCCUCAAAGAUUCAGGAACACGUGCCAACUAUAAUUAAGCUACGGUUACGCCCACCUCCUACGCCGGUGUAUUCGCUCCAUCGACGGAUUAGUGGGAUUAUACUGUUGGCCACGAAACUAAAAGCCACUGUCAAUUCGGGAGAAAUGUUUUGGAAUAUUUAUAACAGCUGCAGGGCAAAAUAUGAGUGA